GAUUGCAGAGACAUAAACAAGGUGCUCCUGUGCGGUGGAUCUGCGAAAAUCCCGAUAAUUCAGCAAUCUGUCUCAGAAAUGUUUCCCAAUUCAGAGUUAUUAUGUAGUGUAAAUCCCGAUGAACUGAUCGCCUUGGGUGCUGCAAAGCAUGGUAGUUAUCUGAAAGAACCAUUUGACCCAGGUUGUGAUCAUCUAUCAUAUGAUAUCCCAGUUGUAACAAAAUCAAUUUUUAUGAAGACAGCAGCAGUGAUCCACUACAAUUCCAAACUAAUGGUGAUGGUAUGCUGUCUUAUAUUUAAUGAGGCAAACGAUGAUAAAGUGUUGGUUAUACCAGCACAGACACCUGUUCCGGUCAAGGUUACAAAGAGUCUUCCAUUGACACUCUCAGGAGAGAGUAUAGUAGUUCAGGUUCUUGAAGCUGAUGAUGAUGAUGAUGAUGAUGAUGAGGAUACAGACAAAGAACAGGGAGCUGUAGUUUUGGGAAAUCUGACGCUUGAUGAUGUGUCGGCUUCCAGCAGUUUAACUGCUGAAAUAAAUGUAAACAGUAUUGGAAGUUUGCAUGCAAGCAUAACUGAUACUGCAACACAGAAGAAAUCUUCCUUUCGACGAGGUCCUCCGACAUCAGAUGGACAAUAAUUCAUUUGAAAAAUUAUAUGUUGAUAUUGCCUGUGAUAUUAAAAUAAAAUGUUUUCAUAUACUUA